GAUUGGCUGCUAGGGGGGCGGGGCGGACGGAGCUGAAGCGGAAGCGGCGGCAGCGGCGGCAACGGCGGGCAGCAGCGGAUGCAGGCCCCACCGCAGGAUUACCGGGAUGUGCCCAUCGACAUCCAGACCAGCAAACUGCUCGACUGGCUGCUGGACCGGCGGCACUGCGGGCGGCGGUGGCAGGCGCAGGCCCGGUUGGUGCGGCAGAGGAUGGAGGCGGCGCUGCGGGACAUGCCCGAGCACCCGGAGAUCCGGCAGCUGCUGGCGGGCAGCGCCCUGCACUACUUCCACUGCCUGCGCAUCGUGGAGAUCCUCCGGGGCACCGAGGCCUCCACCAGGAACCUCUUCGGGCGCUACUCGUCCCAGCGCAUGAAGGACUGGCAGGAGAUCGUGGCGCUCUACGAGAAGGAGAACACCUACCUGGCCGAGCUCGCCAGCCUCCUGGUGCGCAGCGUCAGCUACGAGGCCCCCGCGCUGCGGAAGCAGAUCAGCCGCUGCCAGCAGGCCCAGCAGGACUUCGCACGCCGCGAGGAGGAAUGUCAGCUGGCGGCCGCUGAGCUGCGCGAGCGCUUCUACGCCUCCUGCAAGCAGUACGGCAUCACCGGGGACAACGUGCGCCAGGAGCUGCUGGCCCUGGUGAAGGAGCUGCCCUCGCUGCUCUCCGAGAUCGGGGCGGGGGCCAGCGCGCUCACCGGCAUUGAGCUGUACGAGGCCUGCGUGGAGUUCGUCUGCGAGAGCUCAGCAGAGCCGGUGCUGCCCCUGCUGCGGCACGUGGGGAGGAGAGGCAACACCACCGUCUACGAGUGGAGGACGGGGCUCGAGCCCGUGCGCGUGGAGCGGCCGGAGGUGCAGGAGGUGCCGGAGCAGCCGAAGGAGGACGCGAUCGACUGGGGAGACUUCACGCUGGAGCCGAGUGGGACAAGUGAUGGUGCUGCCACUGGGGGGGCACAGGACGAGAUCGACUGGGGCAUCACGCUGGAGCCCAGCCCCCAGCAGGACGAUGGCAUUGACUGGGGUGAUGGUGACGGUGACGGGGCCCAGAUCGCGGUGUUGGAGGCUGGCACGGAGGUGCCCGAGGGGGUCGCUUGUGGCUCUGAGGCCCUGACAGUGCUGGAGCUCGCCGAGACGCGGAACCAGUUCCUGGACGAGCUGAUGGAGCUGGAGCUGUUCCUGGCGCAGCGCCUGGCAGAGAUGGAGGAGGAGGCCGACGUCCUGGCCGCCAGCCAGUUCCAGCUGGCCCCCCCCGCGCUGCAGGGCCAGAGCAGCCCCCGCGUGGCCUCGCUGCUGGCCAGCACCCGGGCGCUGCUGGGCCAGCUGGGCACCCGGCGCAUGCAGCACCUCUUCACCAUCCUCGCCUCCCCCAGGUACGUGGACCGCGUGAGCGAGCUGCUGCAGCAGAAGCUGAGGCAGGCGGAGCUGCUGCUGGCCAAGCGGGAGGCGCUGGGCCAGAAGCGGCAGGAGGCGCUGGCCGAGCAGGGCAACCUGGAGCCCAAACUGGACCGGCUGCUGGACACGACCAGGGAGCUGCAGCGGCUGAUCGAGGCCGACAUCUCCAAGCGCUACAGUGGGCGGCCGGUGAACCUGAUGGGGGUCUGCCUGUGAACCCCAGGGGUCCUGGGCCCCCACCGAGGGGUCCUGGCCCCCCCCCCCUUUGUCCCUUCCCAGUUCCUGGUGGCCACGGGCUGGGCGCUGCUCAAUAAAGCCGAGGCCCC